GAUGGCUGAUUGUCAGAUGGACUUGUAGUCUGUUAAAUUUCUGUUUUUGUUAGUUUGGAAAUGGUCUGUUGUUUUAGAAUCCUGUCACGAUUAUGUUUCAUUCGAGAUGUGGGGAAAGUGUUAAAUUAAGCAACAAUAAUAAAACUGCAAGUAGAAAUUUGGCCGAGUAUAAUUAUGGGUUAGUUUUAAGCAGUGAACCAUUGUUGGAUGAUGAAUUAUUCGAAAUUAGAAUAGAUAAAAAGAUUUAUUCAUGGAGUGGGAGUCUUGAGAUAGGAGUCACUAGUUGUAGCCCAACUACAGUAAACUUCCCACCAAGUGCAACAGAUCUUCGAAAUAACACUUGGGUUUUGUCUGGGAAUGCGAUUCUCAAAGAUGGAGUCUCCACAGUCGAUACUUAUGGGGUUGAUCUGGACAAAGCCAUCGAAGGAGAUCUUGUAGGUGUUAUGCGUACUUCUCAGGGGGAGUUGUUAUUUUACGUAAAUGGAGUUUCAUAUGGAGUUGCUGCAGAAAAUAUUCCUUCCAGUGUUUAUGCUGUAGUUGAUUUAUAUGGGAAAGUGGCCCAGGUCACAAUUACCAGUGGCAACAGAAUUUUGGGAACAGAAGAAGAGGCAGGUGUGAUGACCAAUCUGGUUGCCAGCCUCGAUGUGGAGAUGAAUGUACAAGAUGAACUGUUGUUGGAAAGUGUGCCAGUGUGUUUAGAGAGGAUACACUUCCACUCACGUACUGGUAGCCUAGUCAAGUUAUCCUGCAAUUCCAGAACUGCGGAGAGACUGAGGCCACUAGACGAGUUCAACAACGGUGUAGUUAUGACCCACAGACCUCUACAAGAUGACCAGUUGUUCGAGGUGAGAUUUGAUUUGAUUUACAGUGAAUCGGAUAUGUGGUGUGUUCAUUAUGGUAUCUUGGAUGUGUAUGGUGGUACUGUAGCAGUUAGAGUUACUAGCAAAGUGUCCAACAACAUUAAAGGAGAAGUUACUUUGGCUGAUCCUGAGGAAGAAUUGAGUUCUGCUUGUCCACCAACUAAAAGGGAUGGUCAAGAAUUAACUGAAGAAAUGAAGAGGAUGGAAGAUAGUUCAGAGAAGUCACCUCCAGAUGGUGAUGUGCUGUCUGAAUAUUGUAUAAAUGAAGUGGACUGGUUUCAACUCCACGAGAUCAAGGGUCGCAAUGUACAGUUGUCUUCUGGUCGACUGACAGCAAAGAGAGUGGGCAGCUACAACCAGGGAGUAGUCCUCACUUCAAGAGAGAUUCUCAAAGGCCAGUUGUUUCAGGUUCGGAUAGAUGCCAUCAAUUCAAACUGGGUCUCGUCUUUAUGUAUUGGAGUAACAUCACACCCCAUAGCCACAUUCUCUUUGCCUGUCACUGCCUUAGGUCUCAAGCGGGACUCGUGGAUUAUCUGCAGUGACUUUGUCUUUCACAAUGGCCAGAAGUUAAAGAACAAAUACGGCCCAAAUUUGGACAAUUUGGGUGUCGGACGUCUGGUAGGGGUGCUGGUAGACCAGUCUAGUCAGUUGCACUUGUACGUGGAUGGUGUGGAUCAGGGAGUGGCAGCCACUAACAUACCACCUUCGUGUCGGGUCAUCAUUGAUGUCUAUGGCAGGUGUGAGCAGGUAACUGUUGUGAACCCAUAUGAAGAUAAUGCUUCAGCCCUCAGCCUGCAUGAGGAGCUCCAUGCCUCUAUACAGCAAGAGAACUCCAUCGAAGAAGAUAAUAUUGAAGAGUGUGUUGAACCUGUAGACUUUACUGCCCAUGAAAAGGCAGAUCUUGAAAGUCAUGAAAAAGAAAAAGAAUGUCUAGUGUUAGUAAUGGAAGAACCUUUAAGAUCUAAAAUAGACAAGACUAACGAAAACAUUCAGUCAAGUAGUAUGGGACACACAACACCUAGUGAAAUAUCACCCAUAUCAGACAUAGAAUUAGACCCAAAAUCCAUUGCUUCUAACGAAAACUUAACUCUGCAACAGUUAGAACAGCAGCAACAUUCCGAGAUCUCCAGGCACAUUGCCCAGACCAACUGUGACCACAAGACAAGCUGUGAUCUCGCCAACACAUCAUUCGUCAAGUCUCCUAUGACGAGUAAACCUCUAGUCCUACGCUCACUAGAAAAUAGCUUCAACAGUUUGGCCUCUAACCUGACUCCUCUCAUCUCACCUGCUGCCACUAUCUCGCCUCCGCUCAAACCAAACAUAGACUGUGAUUACUUUAAUGCUUGCCUUAGACUUAAGGAUACUUUAGGAUUACCAGUUGGGUUCUUUAGUAGAGAAUCAGCUGCUUGUUGCUACUGUGACUCAUGCCACUCACACAGUAGUCACCAGAGCAAGGGGGACCCACCCGCGCUAUACUCAGUGCCUGCCCAGUGGUCACGGCUUCCCCUGCGGCGGAGACAGCGGACCUCUAUAGCAGAGGUGGACCAUUGGCAUGUCGCGUUCACAGGGACAUCACUUGGAGCUGUACGAAGGAUUCUCGAUUUAGGGGAGCUAUUGACUCCAGAACAACUGAAUCUGAAUCAAGAAAGAAGCCAAAAGUCCAAACACGACCAUUCUGAUACUAGACAGCUUGUUCUUAGUCCCACCAUCAAGUAUGCAGCUUGUGCAGCAUUCUCACCUAAGCACGAGUACAUUGACCCAAAAACUAAGAAACGGAUGGUUGCUUAUGCAGCGUUCCAAGUGCUUGUGAGACCAGGAUCAUACAAGGUAGGGCCACCCUCUGUGUCCCGAGUCAGCAAACCAGUUGACCCUCCUCUUGACCACAACUCCACAGAAUGGGUCACCAAAGAAAGAAAUUCUACCGUCCUUACUGCUCUCUUAUUAAAGCUUGAGCAAGCUUAUCUGCCUGAGGAGGACUCUGUGGAUCGACUCAUGUUUCAUCCCAAAUGUGGAGGUCAUGCCGCUGUUAUAAACAAUGCCAGGACUGCACAUAGGCCCAAUGCCAUGGAUGACUUUAACAAUGGUGUGGUGUUAACUCAAAGACCUCUGAAACCAAAUGAGCUAUUUGAAGUGCGACUAGACAAGAUGGUUACAAAAUGGGCUGGAUCAAUAGAGAUAGGAGUUACUACACAUUCUCCCACUGAGUUGGAGUAUCCUUCUACUAUGACCAACGUAAGAUCUGGUACAUGGAUGAUGACCGGUAAUGGAGUAAUGCACAAUGGAAUAACAAUUAUAGACGAAUAUGGUCAGAAUCUGGACCGCCUUCAGGUGGGUGACCGUGUAGGGGUGGUAUUGAGAGAGAGUGGCACACUACAUUUCCUUGUGAAUGGCAUUGAUCAGGGAGAGGCAGCCACCAACAUCCCACCGCAAGUCUAUGGGGUCAUUGACUUGUACGGGCAGGCAGCACAGGCCACCAUCGUUGAUUACAACUGUAUAUGUUGCCUUACAUCACCCGAUACCACCGCCAACUCUCUUGCCUCUAUCAACCGUCAGUCACAUUCGGACUUGCAUUUCCAUCAUGUACAUGGGCGUAACGCAAGGGUGUCGAAUGGUGGAAGGACAGCGUCUAGACCCCGAGCUCUGGGGGAGUUUAAUGAUGCUAUAGUGAUGAGUAAUCGUUCUCUCAAUGAAGAUGAAAUGUUUGCUGUUGUGGUGGAAAAAAUAGUUGACCGUUGGUCUGGUUCUAUUGAAGCAGGUGUUACUGCAAUCAGACCAGAAGACUUGGAACUUCCUGGAACUAUGACUGAUCUGGAUCAUGAUACUUGGAUGCUUUCUGGUUCAUCAGUUAUGCAGAAUGGACAGACAUUAAAGCAAAACUAUGGAUUGGAUCUGGACACAGUACAGACUGGAGCAGUGAUUGGCAUGAAGAGACAUGUUGACGGAACUCUGCACUACUAUCUAGAUGGAGAGGACAAGGGUGAGGCGUGCUCUGGCCUGCCUCUCAACGUCUUCCCUGUCAUUGAUCUGUAUGGUCAGUGUGCUCAGGUAUCAAUAGUAAGUCCAUCACAACGACCACCUGAGCCAGCAAGCAAUGAGAACAGUUGCAGCCAGACUCUAUACAGUCACGCAGAGGAAUUUAUACCCCAGACUGUCAUACCAUGUGAGCCUCCAUCCACACAACUCUUACACAGGUUGAGUCCAUUCUGUGGGAAAAAUAUAACGAUAGAACCAAGUGGAUUGAUCCGGCGCAACAAGCAACAGCCAAACAAUGGGCUUGUUUUCACGGCUCUGCCACUUGGCGUAGAUGAACUGCUGGAGGUUGCGGUGGAGCAGUGGGUGGGUCAGUGGGCAGGCUCUCUGGCCAUUGGAGUCACCUGCAUGGCUCCCAGCGACAAGGCUCCCCCCACCAUUCUUGCUAUCAAGGAUCCUACUUGGUACAUCAUGGGAGAUGAAGUAUUCCAUAACAAUAAACUUGUGCGUUCACAUUAUUGUCGAUCCCUAUCUUUGCUGAGGGUUGGAGCUCGAGUAGGCAUCAAACGGUGCAAUGAUGGCACACUACAUGUAUUUAUCAAUGGGCAUGACCAAGGCAUAGCAGCUCAUAACAUACCAAAGUGGUGCUGUUAUGGUAUCUUGGAUGUGUAUGGUGGUACUGUAGCAGUUAGAGUUACCAGCAAAGUGUCCAACAACAUUAAAGGAGAAGUUACUUUGGCUGAUCCUGAGGAAGAAUUGAGUUCUGCUUGUCCACCAACUAAGAGGUAUUGA